AAAUUAUGUAUGUGAAAUCAGUUGUGAAAGAAAUGUUAACAAUAUUAUGGUGAAGGCAAGGAGAAAAUCGAAUUAGCAGAUUGAUGACUCAUAUUUGUGUUAUAAAGGAGUUACAAAGGAAAGUCCAAGAUGACUCAAAAUAGCCUCUCUUAUUGGUCCUUCUCCUUCGUCGCGUAAUAUAUUUCUCCCGCUUUUUUUUUUAAUAACAAUUUAAAAUCGCCCAAGUUCCGUUUCUGAUUCCUGGGAACACUUUCACUCUCUUUAUUUUUGUAUUUGAUAAUUUCCCUUCUGCGAGCGACCCACGCGGAUCUUUCGUCUCUCUUUUCCCGAUAUGUAUAUAAAUCCUUGGUCCAGAGCAAUGAUCUCUCAAAUGUUGAAUUGCCCACGAACUAACUGGGUUUCUUUUCUUUUAUCAUUUUUAACAAAUGAAAGAUUCAAUUAAUUUGUUUCAAUUUUAAUUUAAUUCAAUUUUUAAUUUUUAACAUACUCAAAUUUUCUAUAAUAGUGAAAUUGUUUUGUACAUUCGAAAUUUUGAAGAAAUACUGCAGCUAUUUCUUUGCAACUGGAUCCCAACGUCGAGAAAGCAGAAUGCGUCUAGUACAACUAUUGCUUAUAUUUACUUUUACUCUGUCGAUAAAUCUGGUGUUGGUACAUAGUCAGGCUAGUAAAAUUACUUUCCAGGAUGAAACAUCAGAAGAAAGUUCAUCAGCUCGUGAUGAGGUGCCAAGGUUUGAAAAUCAAAGUUCAGAAGGUCGACAAUUGCUGAAUAGAUCGAGACAAGGAAAAGAUCUUUUCGACUGGAUUGGUCUUGGAACGGGACGUCAUGUCGAUUCUUAUUUGGCGAGAACAAAUGAAGCUUGUCUAAAUGGUGACUUUGCAGAAUGCUUUAAAUCUCGGGCGCUCAACACUUUUUCCGAUUUUUUCGAUCAACCAGAAUAUACACUCAGUGAAAGCGUUAAAAUAAUCAGAAUGCCCCGGGAUGUUGUUAAGAGUGUUAAUCAACAACCUUACGAAUAUGCGAGUGCUCCUAGAUCAGAAGAUUCAGAAUGGGAUCAGCUGGUGAAGUUUGCAAUGAGAAAAGCUGAGAAAUUUGUCAAAACUGUGGCUUUUAAAGUGGACAUUCCAUCUUGGGCUGUUGGAGAGAACGAAGUUUAUGCUCCAAGAUUUAUAGACGAGAUUGCAGAUGAAAUCGACACCAUUGAAAAUAAGAAAGACACUCUCUUUUCUCGCAAUCGAUUGAAGAGAAUCUUGAUUCCAAUGCUUAUUGUUUUGAAGCUCUUCAAAUUGAAGUUACUACUUUUCCUGCCACUGAUAUUGGGACUUGCUUCUUUCAAGAAAUUCUUGGGUUUCAUGGCAAUUGUCAUUCCGGGAAUAAUAGGAGUUUUGAGAUUAUGCCGACCACUUACACAAUCUUAUCAACCACCUGUCUAUAGUUAUGGUGGUGUUGGUUUUCCCCAUUACAAGGAAAAUCAUGCACAACAAAGUGCUUACGAUCAAGGAAGUUACUCGUCAAAUUAUCAUGAAAAUCAUGGAGACACUGUGUCCUUUGGUCAGGAUCUUGCUUAUCAAGGAUACAGGGAUUAUCAAUCGUAAAUCAGUAAUCAGAAUAGAAAAUUACUCUUCAAAUAUGAAUUUUAAAAAGUUGUUUCAUUCCUUGAAAUUAAAAAAAAAAAAAUUCAUUUUUUGUCAAAAUUUGUUUCAUCAAUAUUUUUUUUAUUAGUUUCAGUUAGUCGACUUUUUAUUAAUUCAAAUUUUAGAGAUAAUUCACUCUCAGGAAUUUUUUUUAUUUUUGUACUCUAUUUAUUUAAUUAUUUUUUUAAUCCACUAUUAAUUUGAAAGUAUCAAUUUGAUCCAAUUUGAUAUAUAAAAUUGAUACUUUUAAGAAAACAAUGAUCAUUAUUUUCUCUCUUUAGGUAGAAAAUACACUAAACUCUGGCAGAUCUAUUAUAAAAGUUAAGUUUUCUUUUACUUUCGGGGUUGAAAUGAAAUGAAAUGAAAGGAAAAGAGAGAAAUUAGUUUAUAUGGAUCAACCCGAAAUGAAAGUAGAUGAAUGAAUUUAAUUCCUCAUAAACUCGAAACGAAAGUAAAAACUUAAUUUAGUUUCGUCUAAAUCUAAAAUUAAAGUAAAAAUCUUAAUUUAUUAUUUAUUUAUCUAAAAAUAAAAUUUUGAAACAUUAAUUUUGGGUUGACAUGAAAGUGAUUUUUAGUUUUGUUUUAGUGAUGACAGUCCCUGAUCUUAUUGUACCGCAGUUUUAAUAAUUUUUAAUUUUUUUUUUUUAUAUUCGUUGAAAUUCUGUAAUUUUUAUUGUAAAAUUUUAAAACAAAAGUUGAAUCAGACUUAUUUAAAGUCAAUAAAAUCAAAACUUCUAAAGAUAUUUUAUAUAUUUUCUAUGUAUGGAUAAUGUUAAGAUAUUUAAAUAGGCAAAAGGAAAAAUUUCUUGUCAAUUUUCAUUUUCGCAAAAAUGUUAUUAUUAGUAGGAAAUAUUUUCCACGUGUGUAGAUAUUAUCCAAAUUAAAUUUACGUUAUUUUCAUCUAUGUAUCGAAGUAGUUGUAGUUGUCUCUCUGAAAAAGAAGAGUCGUUUAAAUGAAGUUUUCGAUUCACUUGAAACAAUCAAAAUUAACUAAAAAUAGUUUAAUUAAAAAUAUGUAAUUUAGUAAAUCAUUUUAUACUUCUUACAUACAGUAAAACAUAAAAUUAAAAUUUUACUGCUAGAAUUUAUCAAUUGGAAACAUAAUUUUCCGUAAAAGAAAAGAACAAUCAUAUCAGCUCAAAAUGGUACAUGUAAAAAAAACCACUCAUAGAAAUCAGUUACCAAAAUGUCAUUUAUUAUAUUUAAACAUUUUAGAUUAAUUUUCCCCUUUGUAAAUAAAGUAAUAUAGACGUAAAUAAAUAUAUAUGAUGUGAAAACAAGUGAAGUCUCUUCGUGACGUUGGGACAUAUGUAUAAAACUUGUUUGCGAAGGCAAUUAUGCACAGUACUAUCCAAUAAAAGUAUUAAAAACAA